AUGAGGUCUGUUUCUCUAGCUCUUUUGGCCGUCGCGGGCCUCCAUUUCCUCAGCGCUGCCGCCGCGCCCGCCAACAACACGAAUGUCGAAGCUUGCGCCGAUCCUCUCAUCAGACACGAAUGGCGACAGCUGUCUUUGGAACAGAGGCUGGACUACAUCGAUUCUAUAAAAUGUCUGAUGGCCCUUCCGUCCGAGGGUAACGACUUGUGGCCCGGGGCAAAGUCCCGAUACGACGACUUCCAGGGAAUGCACAUUUACAUGACCAAGCAAGUUCAUUUCAAUGGACCGUUCCUUCCAUGGCAUCGCUGGAUGCUGUAUCUCUUCGAGUCAGAGCUGCGCACCAAAUGUGAUUUCAAAGGCACCCUUCCGUACUGGGAUAUGGGAUUAGACAACACCGCCGAGGGCUUCGCCAAGUCACCCGUCUUUGAUAACGUUUACGGUGUCGGAGGAAAUGGGCCGUACAUCGCAAAUAUUACCGAUCCGGAGGACUUCCCCGUUCAGAAACCGAUUGAGAUCCCGGAGAGAUCUGGUGGCGGCAAGUUCACCUUGAUUCUUCGCCAAACAUCAGCUAACUUGAUGGUGCAGGCUGCGUCCAAGAGGGACCGUUAUUCGGUUGAGUCCACGCCACACUGCCUCCGCCGGGAUUUCAGCCUACCCAUUAUCACGGGCGCUCUUAGUGAUGAAGUUAUCAACCGAACCCUGUCCGCGACCUCAUUUGACGAAUUCAACUUGCAUAUUCAGGGAUACAGUAUGCAGGUUGCUGAUAUGUAUUCGUCGCCUGGCGAUCCCGUUUUCUACUUCAUCCACGGCGCUCUGGACAAGAUCUGGAAUGAGUGGCAACGCAUGGACUGGCCAGCUCGUAAGAUGGACAUUGGCGGACCCGACAUUAUAUGGGCCUACCCUUUCAACUUCUUUGGAGAUGUCGCCUACGAGAACAUCACUCUGCAGUACCCGUUGUCUUUCCCGAACUUCAGUGGGAAUAUGACUGUUGCUGAAGUGAUGGACAUUCAGGGGGGACCCUUUUGCUAUGAGUACAAAUGA